GAGUACACGUAACAUGGUUCGAAUUUUUAUGCGCCCCAUCUAUAAAAUAAAACCAUCUCAACGUUUAUUUUCCCACCUGACCUAAUCUACUCUUGCACAAAUAUCUCUCCAUCGCGCACACAGAUUCUAAAUCUAUCAUGUUCCAAGUAUUUGUUGAAUAAUCACAAAUAGUACUUCCAUAGAAUCAAUCUGUUGUUUGUGCCAGUAACUCUGUUGAUCGACAGGAAACAAUCAAGAAUCUAGCCGUCUUGAUAAGCAAGUACCAUCAUAUUUUGCUUAAUAUCUUUUCUUCUCAGAGAUCAAAAGAAACAUGGCAUUUGAGCAAUAUUUUAUGCAGGAAUGGAAAUCCAUUCCCGACUCUGAAAGGACUUCUCCUAACUUUGAUUGCAGCAUCUGUUUGGAAUUUGUGUCUGAUCCUGUAGUUACCCUUUGUGGCCAUCUCUACUGUUGGCCCUGCAUCUACAACUGGUUUCAGAUUGCUUCCCUUGAUUCAGACAAGAACCUACCCAGAUGCCCAGUUUGCAAAACCGAAAUAUCGGAAAAAACGAUGGUCCCUCUCUAUGGCCGGGGCAAUUGCCUCUCGGAAACCGAACACAAGAUCAAGAAUAUACCGCCUAGGCCAACAGCUCGUGCCAUACAAGAUCCCGAUCAUCAAAAUCGACGUAAUUUAUCUGAUCCUUAUUCCAGUAACGUAGAAGGAGAUACUUCGUCUCCAAUUGAUCUUUCACAUCCCACGAUAGGGAUGUUUGGAGAGAUGGUUUAUGCCAGAGUUUUUGGCAAUUCAGAGAGUUUAUACUGGUAUCCUAACUCGUACCACCUGGUGGGAAGUAGUUCUCCUGGAUUAAGAAGGCAGCAAUUACAGGCUAACAAAUCUCUCGGCAGAGUUUCGAUUUUUCUCUUGUGUUGGUUCCUUUUGUGCCUUGUUCUAUUUUAGUUUUAUAUUAGGAGUUUUCGCUAACCUUUCUUGAUCCCAUGUGUAUAACUAGUUAUAUAUUGAUGCAAUAGUGUAUAUAUGAUCUUAUCUACUUCUCUGCAGUAAUUUCUUAUCCAUUGUUCUUCAUUUUUA